AUGAAGCGGAAAGCAGAAAAGCAGCAAAGCUCUGUCCCUCGCUCGGCAGUCAGUGCGAUUGCUGCACGUCGAGCUCGCCAACAGGAGCAGGAGCAGCAACAGCAAGACCAGUCUUCCCAGCGCGAUGCACCAGAUGUGGAUAGAGAAACGGAAUAUUCAGUCAAGAGAGUGCGAUCAUCGCCAACUCGAGAACGAACAGAAAAUAACCGCCCAGCUAUCUCAGAGGACCUGACAUUCGAGCCGAGCAGUAUCGACGACACAGAAGCACUCGGAAAUGAGUCUAGCGAAAACGAAGAGGCAAUAAUUGGUGAUCAAGUUAUCGAGGAGGGCAGCCAAUAUGCCGAAAACGAUGAAGACGACGAAACUUCUUCGCGCCUAGCUGCUAGCACCGAAAACUUCACGCUCUCAAAGCACAAACUACGCAAAAGUGAUGUCGUCUAUAGUGACGAGCAUAUGCUAUGUGUGCGACUUAGGGAACACACGGUACGAAUUCGGAUAAUUGAUGGAUUGAUUGAUUGUAUAUACGAUAUUUGGGUCAAGAGAGGUGUGAUAAGCGUGAUGGGCGCAAAAUUGCAUCCCUCUCCUAACACGUAUCGGGUAUACGCACCGUCCACUCAUUCACUUCCUGUGAUCAAAUGUGUAUCCGGUGUCGAGGGCUAUGCAGAGGUUGAAUUACAGUCAUGUUCGAGCAAUCUAUGUCGCCUUAAAAACCUAUCACCUCAUUAUGCACGAAUCUGGAACAGUACUGAAACAGUCGGAGACUGUACAACACUCCGUGGAAACUCAUAUAAAAGAUCAUUCUCAAUAGUCUUGCUAUGUGGUCCAAAGGGUACUGGAAAGUCUACCUUUGGACGCUAUUUGCUAAAUCAUCUUUUGACACCAGCGCCUCCAAUAGGGAAAGGGUUUGACGACUUAGAUGGAGUUGCCUUCCUCGACCUUGACCCAGGGCAACCCGAAUUUGCACCCAUGGGCAAUAUAUACCUUGCACAUCUGCGCGAGCCUUGUUUUGGACCACCCUUCUCUCACUCGAAUUUAGAAGGCUCUCGCCAUGGAAAGAUUGUCCGGUGCCAUCAUAUCGGAGCUACAUCUCCGAAAGAAGACCCAGACAACUACGCGUUGGCUAUAAUGAACCUCUUAGAUCAGUACCAGGUGUUACUAGCAACAUACCCACGAUGCCCUCUCAUUAUCAAUUUUCCAGGGUGGAUAUUUGGGUUGGGAUUGGAGGUUGCAACUUGGCUAAUACGAUCAGUGGGACUUUCGGAUGUUGUAUAUAUGAGUGAAAAAGGUCCUCGAGAGGUAGCCGAGCCAUUGAGCCAAGCUGCUUCAGAAGCUCAGGUUACUUUCACAGCUUUGCCUUCUCAGCCGGUUGACCUGGUUACCCGGUCAAGUGCGCAGUUGCGAUCAAUGCAGAUGCAAUCAUACUUCCAUAUGACGCAGCCCGAAGGAUCACAGAAUCCAUUUUGGUCUGACUCGCCUCUUAUACACAGCAAACCAAUUUGUGUCAGCUAUACAGGUUCUCAGCCCGGUAUCUCUGGAAUCAUGGUAUUGGGAAACCACUAUAGCCCUAGCGUUCUACGAGACAUAACAGAAGGAUCAAUAGUGGCGGUAGUUGCGAUUGAAAACGCCAAUGCCAUUCCGGGCGCUUCAGAGAUCGAGGUCAAACCAGAUGGCAACAUUCACGCGGCGGAUGGGGACAUCAACACCAUGGAUGAGGACGAAACAUCGGAGUCUCAAAACACGCAACAGACAAAGAAGAUGCUUGGUAAGAGUAUUGUCCGCUGUCCAGACAGCGGCCUUCCAUAUCUGUUCUGUGGUGCAGGCAGUAAUACACCACUAUGCCCAAAAGCAUCUCGUUCCCUGGGCCUUGCCCUCGUGCGUUCAGUCGAGGUAUCUUCGCAUACAUUGGAGCUGGUUAGCCCCGUGCCGAGUUCUUUCAUCCAUGAAGCUAUCAACCAAGGACAAAGCCUUGUGCUCGUGCGAGGAAUGAUUGAUAGUCCCGAUUGGACAUUUACGGAGGAAUAUUACGCUGCGCGCAACGCUGAGCAAGACUAUAUCAUGUCUAUUUCUCACACUAAGAAAAAACGUGGAGAGGAGAUCGGCGGACUCAAGGAAGAAGACGACGAUAAGAAAAGACAACAAAAUGAACAUCUACGAAGACUACAGGAACGUGUUCGGCGCGCAAGUAAAAUGCCAUACUUGAAUGUCAUUGAAGAAGCUAGCGUUCUGCAUUAUCAGGAAACUAGGCAAGAGUACGGGACGUGGAAACUACGAAAAAAGGCUUAUACACACGACGGCGAUAUCGAGUGA